GAAAGGUCAGUACUGCCUCCCCACCUACCCUUUACCCUCCCGUCCUCGAAGGUUAUCCUGUCAAAGUGGGGGCAUCAGCUUUUUAGGAUGUGGCCCCACUUCCUCCAUAAUGUAGUGACCUCGGUGGGAGGAAUGGGGAAAAUCCCUUUUUCAUUCUGUAGGGUACUUACAGACCCCUCUUCCUCCGAACGACGUCACCCCACUCCGGUCCGGAUCACAGGCCGUGUUCUGUGCUGUUGGGUGAAGGGACGCUGGCUGCCAUCAGGAAACUCAUUAUCUCAGAUUGCUGACCCCAGGCCUCCUAGUUAGGCCUUCCAGUGGGAGCUGGGGCAGCUGUACACACCCCGGCGCCGAGAAGCUUGGGUAACCUCUGCUCUUGCCACCACCGCUGCUUGGCCACCAGCGGCCUUACCCCACCCUCAGUCCCGUCCCAGCCACAUCUUGGGACCAGCUUGGCUACUUCGGUGUCUGGUACUCCUAGAUCCUCCAGCUUAAGGAGAACCUUAAGGAAAUUGACAGAAGCCUCUGGCAGAAGGGGUAGGGAUAGACAGGGAGAGGAGAUGGGUUUUCCUUUUUCUCCAGAGGACCCUGGGCUUCCUGCAGAAGAGAGCAGCCUAGAUCUCUUUAAGUGUGGGAAGCAAUUUGAGGCCUCCCCAGUGUAUUGUUCUUCCCCUGGGAUUGGCCCCUGCCCGCCCCCACCCCCCUCCCAACCAUUCUCCUUGUAACCAUUGCAUCAGGCCAGCCCCCUGUUUGGCUCUCCGGUCCUCUAGCCUAAGGCACCACUGCUGAUGAAAGCCAUAUCCCACACACUGGAAGGCAAAGGAGGGUUCCCCAGGGAGAACAGCCCUGCAGAGAAACACUCAGGGUGAUAUUGCAUCUCCAGUCCUCAGGGAUAGGCAGCUAACGCUCUUACUCUGGGCUUAGUCUUCCAUUCCCUGUAAGAGAGAUGGAGUCCCUGAGUGGUAUAAACGGUUAACAUGCUCCUCUGCUAACCGAAAGGUUGGAGGUUCCAGUUCACCCAGAGGUAGCAUGGAAGAAAGGCCUGGUGAUCUGAAAAAACCACCAUUGAAAGCCCAACCCCAAAGGGUCACCAUGAAUCAGAAACCACUCGAUGGCAACUGGUUUCUUAUUAUAGAGAUUGGAGGGAAUUUAUCCAUUAUUUCUUAACACUAAACAAGUACAUACUAUGUGCCAGGCACAGUUUGGGGCCCAGGGCACAUCACUGAAAAAAAAAAUCUGUGCUCUCAGAGUGGGAGGCACAGUUAACAAAAGUGCCAUGGAAAAACUAGAGGGAAAAAAAUAGAGAAUGCUCAGGGUGGGCGUUACAGUUUUGUAUAGAAUGGUCAGGGAUUACCUUACUAACGUGAAAGACCUAAAGGAGGUAAAGCAGGCAGCUAUGCAGAUAUCUGGAAGGGCUUCCCAGAGGGAACAUCAAGGGUGGAGGCCCUAAAGUGGGAACAUACCUGGUGUCUUUAGGGGACAAAAGAAGGCCAGUUGGAUGGAUUAGAGUGAGCAAAAGGGAGAGUAGUAGAUGAGGUGAGAAAUUAGGGCCAGAGGAGGAACAGAUUACAUAGGGCAUUGUAAACCAUUUUAAAGACUUUAGCCUUUAGUAUGCAUGAAAUAGGAAGUCAUUGGUGAGUUUGAUAGGCCUGGUUUAAGUUUUAAAAGGCUCACUCUGGCAGCUGUAUUGUUGAAUAGUCUUGGGAAGAGGUGGCAAGAGCAGAAACUGGGAAACCUGCAGUAAUCCAGGGGAGAGGUGAUGGUAAUUUGAUCUAGACUGGAAACAAUGGAAAUGAUAGGUGUUCAGAUUCCGGAUUUUUUUUGAAGGUUAAGAGAUUUUGCUGAUGGUUUGGAUUGGAUUGAGGGGGUUGAGAAGAGUCAAGGAUGAUACCAAAGUUUUUGGCUUAAGCAACUGGGACUGUCAUUUACUGAGAUGAGGAAGAUAACCAGGAGUUUGCUUCAAAUAUAUUAAGUUUGCUGUGCUUGUUAGACAUCUGAAAGGAGAUGGCAGGUAGGCAGAUAGCUAAAGUUAGAGGUUUCAGGAGAGGUCUAGACUGGAAGUGUACAUUUGGAGGAUGUCAGUGUGGAAAUGGAACUAUGAAAAUGCCACUUGACCUGUGGUCCAGUCCUUACCCUGGCAAGUUUUAGGUCUCCUUGAAUUUAGAGAAAGCUUAAUUGGCCAGGGCUUUGCCAUUAUGUAAUCAGGACUACAAAUGUCAGCAACUAAAAAUAAAAAGAAAGUUGGGCUCUCCUUUGUCCUUGGAAAUGGCUGCAGGGACCGUUAACUAUCCAGAACUGCUCCCACAUCCUACAAGACAGGAGGUAAGGAAGGACAAAUAGGAGGCAGGAGAUGAAACUAAAGCAACAGGUCCUUCUCCUUCUAAAAAUGACCAACAUUUAUUCUUGUUCCCCCACAGUGUUCCAGAAGGAAGUGUAUCUUCAUACACCACCACACUUGAAAGCAGGGCGUGAUCCAACUGCAGAGAUGGAAGCUGAGUCAUUGCCUUUCUCCUUUGGGACACUGUCCAGCUGGGAGCUGGAAGCCUGGUAUGAGGACCUGCAGGAGGUCCUGUCCUCAGAUGAAAAUGGGGGGAACUAUGUCUCACCCCCUAGAAACGAGGAGGAAGAAUCAAAAACUUUCACUACUCUUGACCCUGCUUCUCUGGCUUGGCUGACUGAGGAACCAGGACCAGCAGAGGUUACAAGCACCUCCCAGAGCCCUCAGUCUCCAGAUUCCAGUCAGAGCUCCCUGGCUCAGGAAGAAGAAGAGGAAGACCAAAGACGACCCAGGAAACGGAAACAGAGCGGCCAGUCCCCAGCUCGGGCUGGGAAGCAACGCGUGAAAGAGAAAGAACAGGAGAAUGAACGGAAAGUGGCACAGCUAGCUGAAGAGAAUGAACGGCUCAAGCAGGAAAUUGAGCGCCUGACAAGGGAAGUAGAGGCAACUCGCCGAGCUCUGAUUGACCGAAUGGUUAACCUACACAAAGCAUGAACAGUUGGGACCAUCACUUCCCCGACAGGCCACUACCUGCCUUUCCUAAAAGUGGCUACUGACCACGUU